AUGUUGACCACUCAGGUACGCGAACUCCACACAUCGACAGCUAGCGACUUGGAUAAACAACUAACAGAAUUUACCCGAUGCGCUGCCAUGAUGAAGAAGGCAGUCCGGCAUGCAGAGUUCAAGAACAACGAACUACGGGACAAAAUGUCGAAAGAAAAGGAUGAAGUUCUGGAGGAGGUAAUGGCGAAAUAUGAGGCGUUGUCAUCGAGUCAGAUUGAGACAGAGAAGCAACUGAUGGAUAAGACGCGACAACUUCAAAGGCUGCAAGAUGAACUGCGUCGGACGAAAGAGCAGUGCGAAGACAUUGAGAAUGCGAUCUCCCGAAUUUGCAACAUGGCAGAACUGAGUUCUGCUCCCGUCCGGCUACGCACUCGCAGCGAAAGUCCAGCUACUCCUCAUACAGCUAGUGAUGCGAUGAGAAAAAUCAGGGUUGAACAGGCGGAGUUAGAGGUAAGCCGCUUAAAAAAGCAGUUGGAGGCUCAUGAGAAGGAGAAGAAGUCUCAGAGAGACCGCGAUAAAUUAAAAGAGGAGGAAACAUCUGAAAGAGAGAUGAAGCUGUCAACAAUCGAGCACGAGUUACGUAGAACAACGGAACGUUUACAGGCAAUACAGCAAGAGAAGGAGAUGAAAGAAACUAUGAUGACAACAUUGCAAAACACCAUCACUACAACACACAGGACUCACAAAGAGUUUAUCGAGGGGCUUAUGUCAAACCAUCGUGAUGAGUUGGCGUCUCGAGAUAAAAUGCAUGAAACUGAACUUGAGGACAGGUUAAGAACUUAUUAUAUGUUUGGUGGUUUUAUGAUGGCAGCCGCGGCAAUAUUUAUUUCCGAUUUUGGUAUGGCCGAAAACUGA